AUGACGACUCAUCAAACUGCCAAAACAAACUACGUUCCCUACCGCGAUGGCAAAAUAGCCUACCGCCGAUUCGGAGCUCCCAGCGGCGUUCCACUGCUCUUCCUCAUCCACUUCCGCGGCACCAUGGACAAGUGGGAUCCUCUUCUCGUAAACAACAUUGCAGCAUCCAGACCAGUCAUCCUCGUCGACUACUGCGGAGUUGGCCAAAGCACCGGCAUCGUCGCCAACAACUUCCGAGAAUGGGCAGACGACAUGCUCGAGUUCCUCUCCCUCAUCGACGUCAAGGAAGUCGACAUCCUUGGCUUCUCCCUCGGAGGCUUCGUGGCCGAGAUGAUGACGCUCAACGCCGACCCCAACAAGCUCAAGAUCCGAAAACUCAUCCUCGCGGCCGAGGAAUGGUAUGCCCGGAUCCAUGAGCGAAACGAGUCCACGAGCGGAGAAGUCCCCAGCAAGUGGCUUUCUCUCGGGUACAAGGAUGGCGGAGCGGGAUUGAAAGCGCAGGCGGAUGCCCUGGAGAAGUGGUUCAAUCCGGAAACCAGCCGUGGUGAGGAGGGCUCGUAUGACAGACUGGAGCAGAUUGAUAUUCCCGUUUUGAUUGCCAAUGGCUCUGACGAUUUCAUGAUUCCGACUGUCAACUCGUUCAACAUUCAGCAGAAGCUGCCUAAUGCCACGCUACUUGUCUACCCAAACAGCGGUCAUGCAUCCCAUUACCAGUACGCUGAAAAGUUUGCAAAGCAGGCUGUACAGUUUCUUGAGGACUAAAUUAGAUGCAUAAAAGUCCAUCAGAUGCGAGAGUUCAAGCUCCAUGGCUGCUCGACUGCAGUGUAGCUUGAUGUAAAACAAUAACUUGAUGACUACUAGUUUGGGUUUCUCGGUCAAUACUGGUCAUGUUAAGCUCUCAACAGUUUCAUUCCAUAACAGCUCGUACCUGUAUGUGAACUCCAUUGUCUGGCGUGUCUUUGUAUCUAGAUGGCUGUAACCCGAACGUAGUUCGUAAAGUUUACAUGGGCAGGACUAUGUUGUAUCUACUGCCAGCCAGUAUUUCACAGAGCCGAUGAGAUUAAAAGACAAGUUGUAAGUACCAUAAUAUAUGAGUCAAAGAAAUAAUCAUUAUUCAUUUGCAAGAGCACGCUUAUCCUGAAUAUCCUAUGCAUCUCCUUGCAGUGUAACCAAUAACCGACCCAGAUGUAAAAAACGCGUAUGAAGCGCUUUAUAAAAUAGUAAAAUAACCAAUCUCCUUCC